AUGCACCCUCCACCCCGGGACAGCAGCUCCUCCUCAGGUUAUUCCAGCUCCCCCUCCAGCCCCAUUACCCCUCUGUCUCUGUCUCUGUCCCGGGAAGGGGCCGUCGACAGGGCCAAGGAGCCACGCAGACGUGAGUCCCCUUUCUCUCUCAGCAGUCAUGCUAAUUUAAAAGCAGGGUAUAUCACUGAUAACAGUUUAUCUCUGAUAACAGUUUGUUCUGUCUCCCAUCCAGGUAUGGAGUCAGGACUAGACCUCGGAGAGAAGGACAGGACAUGUGUUCUCCUGAACCCCACGGUUACAACAGGUCCAAGUCGGCCCACUGCUCAGGUUCUUCCUGUGCAGAAUGAUCCUACUCCCUGCCCCUCCCACAUGGGCCUUCCUCCACUCUCCUUGCCCCUACUGUCACCAAGACGCAUCCUGGGUACCCCCCGUAAGCCCCGGCCCCCUCCCCUCUGCCCUGACGAGCGGGUGAAACCCCUGGGUUCAGGCGUGGCUGUUGGGGUGCGGCUGGAAAGCCUGUUCCCUGGCCUGAGCGUGGACAGUGUGGGGUUCCCUCCCCUCCACCAGGAUUCUGCUGGGCCCCGGGGGCCCUCUGGGGUCACCAUGCUGCGCUCCCUUCCAGGCCUGAUGGUAGAGACCAGCACCACCCUCACCACCACCUCCAACACCCUGCACCAUGUCUCACACCUACAGGUGUCCCCCUCCUUACCCCGUGCUGGACACUACCCUUACCCCUCUUCCUCCGCCUCCUCUUCCUCAUUAUCUCCCUCCUCCAAGUCAGCCUUCCCGUCUGUGAGUGGCAUUCCCAUGGGAACCGUGAGCAGCGUUCCCAUGGCAGCGGUGCCAGGCAACACCUAUUGUGUCAACAGUAGCGCUGCUGUCCUGCCAAGCUCCAGUCCCACUUCCACAGAGAACAGCGGCUACGCCGUCGCCUCUGGCUCCACCCCAAGCCCCUCUGUGUGCGUGUGCAGCUCCUGUGGCUGCAGUGGGAACUGUGGCUCCUACGGGGCCCUCCCAACCAGCUACGCAGGGUACUUCCAGCACCCCUUCUCAGGGACGUCAGUGUUCACCCUGGGGCCCCUGCUUCACCUCAGUCCCCUGCUGGCUGGGAGCAGUACUGCAUUCCCCUUCCCCCUGGUGGCACCGCCCCUCUACAACAGCAGCAUGUCUCACAGCCACGACACCCAGGGGCAGCAGGGGCUGGUUCUGCCCCCCAUGCAGGGCUUUCUGGGGGCCGGGGCCAACGUGUACCAGCCUCAUGGGUUGGUGGGGAACGGAGGGCACAAGAAGCCAGGGAGCCUGUCCUGCUACAACUGUGGGGUCACCGGCCAUCGGGCACAGGAAUGCAAGCAGCCACCCAUGGACGCUGCUCAGCAAGGUAUAAAGUAGAAACCUUACAGCUACUCCAAGAGAUAUUGUAAUUCCAUGAUUGAAAAUACGUACACUACCGUUCAAAAGUUUGGGGUCACUUAGAAAUGUCCUUGUUUUCGAAAGAAAAGCAAUUUUUUUGUCCAUUAAAAUAACAUCAAAUUGAUCAGAAAUACAGUGUAGACAUUGCUCAUGUUGUAAAUGGCUAUUGUAGCUGGAAACGGCUGAUUUUUUAUGGAAACUGGCUCUAACCAGAAUAGAAAGAGGAGUGGGAGGCCCCGGUGCACAACUGAGCAAGAGGACAAAUACAUUAGAGUGUCUAGCAACUCUGCCAAGAAGGUCAGCAUCCCGGAGUCGCCUCUUCACUGUUGACGUUGAGACUGGUGUUUUGCGGGUACUAUUUAAUGAAGCUGCCAGUUGAGGACCUGUGAGGCAUCUGUUUCUCAAACUAGACACUCUAAUGUAUUUGUCCUCUUGCUCAGUUGUGCACCGGGGCCUCCCACUCCUCUUUCUAUUCUGGUUAGAGCCAGUUUGCGCUGUUCUGUGAAUGGAGUAGGACACAGCGUUGUACGAGAUCUUCUGUUUCUUGGCAAUUUCUCGCAUGGAAUAGCCUUCAUUUCUCAGAACAAGAAUAGACUGAUGAGUUUCAGAAGAAAGUUAUUUGUUUCUGGCCAUUUUGAGCCUGUAAUCAAACCCACAAUUGCUGAUGCUCCAGAUACUCAACUUGUCUCAAGAAGGCCAGUUUUAUUGCUUCUUUAAUCAGUACAACAGUUUUCAGCUGUGCUAACAUAAUUGCAAAAAGGUUUUCUAAUGAUCAACUUGGAUUAGCAAACACAACAUGCCAUUGGAACACAGGACUGAUGGUUGCUGAUAAUGGGCCUCUGUACGCCUAUGUAGAUAUUCCAUAAAAAAUCAGCCGUUUCCAGCUACAAUAGCCAUUUACAACAUUAACAAUGUCUACACUGUAUUUCUGAUCAAUUUGAUGUUAAUUUAAAGGACAAAAAAAUUGCUUUUCUUUCGAAAACAAGGACAUUUCUAAGUGACCCCAAACUUUUGAACGGUAGUUUAUAUCUUUUAUAUCUACAGAAACCUCUUUUUUUUUUCAGGCACAUUUCGGCUGAAGUAUGCUCCUAAAUCAGACAGCCAGGACUCAGGGGACUAGGAACAACUCCUGUGAUCUUACCCCUGCACACAUCAGCACCUUAUGUCUAAGGCACUGCAUCUCAGUGCUUGAGGCAUCACUACAGACCCCCUGGUUCGAUUCCAGGCUGAAUCACAACCGGGCGUGAUUGGGAGUCCCAUAGGGCGACGCACAAUUGGCCCAGCGUCGUCCGGGUUUGGCCGGUGUAGGCCGUCAUUGUAAAUAAUAAUUUGUUUUUAACUGACUUGCCUAGUUAAAUAAAGGUAAAAUAAAAUAAAAUAAAAAAGAUUGAAGGAGCUCCUUUCAUUUACAUUACUCUUUGAACACAUUUGACAUUUUAGUCAUUUAGCAGACGCUCUUAUCCAGAGCGACUUACAGUUAGUGAGUGCAUACAACACCAGUCAAAAUUUUUAUGAUGGGCUGGUGAAUGGUGGCCACUCAACUCAACUUAGAUUCUUGGUUGAGACCAUGAAGAAAGUGAAAUUACAGAGUCAAUUUGGAGGGUGCUAUUAGUCCCAGUCUAUCUAUAACAGAGGAUUUUGGUCAAAGGAAAGAUGUUGAAAAUAUGACCCAAUACUCCUCACACUACUCAGGUCACACCUCAGUGUCCCUCAGUUCUGUAGCCAGACCCAACCCUUUCAAAACAACUAAUGUACUGUUUUAGACAAGAUGGCCUUUUAAGUUUCUCUGGAGAAGACAGUUGGAUGUAUAUCUGAGAGGAUGAUGAAGUGUGAAUGUAAAGACAAGAUGACUGCCAAAUAAUGCACAUUGACUGACUGUCUGCCAAAUCCUCCUCCUCUGGAACAAUGCAUGUCUGUGAGGAAACCAGGAAGUAAACAAGGAAGUACAUCUGUAAUUUCCCUUAGUGUUGCCAGACAGAACAGAGGAAGAGGAAGUGA